UCCCUGGAGGAUAGUGGAUGACUGUGGGGGGGCUUUCACUAUGGGCACUAUUGGAGGAGGGGUGUUCCAGGCCAUCAAGGGCUUUCGUAAUGCCCCCGCUGGUGUCGGACACAGACUGAGAGGAAGUGCAAACGCAGUGAGAGUCAGAGCUCCGCAGAUUGGAGGUAGCUUUGCUAUAUGGGGCGGUCUCUUCUCCACCAUCGACUGUGGUUUGGUUCGUCUGAGAGGGAAAGAGGAUCCGUGGAACUCUAUAACCAGCGGCGCGCUGACCGGAGCCAUCCUGGCCGCUCGCAGUGGGCCGUUGACCAUGGUGGGCUCGGCCAUGAUGGGGGGGAUUCUGCUCGCCCUCAUUGAAGGAUUUGGGAUCCUCCUCACAAGAUAUACAGCGCAGCAUUUUCAGCACCGUGAGUGA